AUGGCCCUCCACUGCCUCACAACUACUAUUGCAGCACCUUUGCCGCUUGAGUACUGGGCCAUCAUGAGGCUCGAGUUCGUUUUAUUCCUGCCUGCAGUCCGAAUAUUCGGCGCUCUGUUGCUCUUUCUGGACCCGGUCUCUGGAGCUGGUUCCGGAACAAAGACCGACGAAGCUUCCACAAGUAGUACGGGCACGACCUCUCGACGAGAGGAUCCACUGCUCAUCUUUCAAAGACCUCCACUCCCGCCAAUCUCAGACCACGAAGAUCUCUAUGUACCCUCCCAAGGCAGGACGUAUAUUCCCGUGGAGGUCACACCUGCAGUGAUCACCUCGGACGAAAAAUACCGUGGCAUCCUGAGACUCGCUCAUCGUCUCAUCGAAAUGGAUCGUGACGGCACAUCGCUACAGGUCGUGGCCCCUCCCGUUACGUCCAGUUCGAGGCACCUGACCGACAUGAGCCAGCGUUUACUGAUGAGUCAGCAUGCAAAGCAGGUGGUUUUCCUGGACGUCUCACCGGACCGUCGUGGUAGACUCGUUGCUGUGCCUUACCGAUUGUCGGAGGGAGUACCUCCAGGAAGACUCAGCUGGGCUAUCCUUCAGGUCCACCCAGCUUCGCGGGGAACACCUCCACGUAUCGACUUUCAUUCAUACGUGUCACACUUUGAGCCCGAUCUCUACGAUCUUGAUCGUAAGCUUUUCAAGUCUCUCGACGUUCAAAGCUUGCACUACUUUCUCACCCGCCGCGUGUGA